AUGGUUGCUUUAACAUCCUUUAUCGUUGCUGCUCUUGCAGGCACUACCCUUGCUCUCCCAGGAGCAGGCUACAGGUUCCCAGACCUUGAAGUGAGAGGACGAGGAGGCAACUAUAAUCCUCCUAUGACAACCGGAAACCCGCCAACUCCUCCCCCUGGACCUACCAACCCCCCAGGCGGCCCGUCCACUCACACCGUCACCUCCACCAGAACCGAUACGAUUACCCUUACCACUUUCGUCCCUUGCUCUACCCCAGUUGCAACUAUCCCUGGCUACACUUGGUAUAGCACCUGGCUAACGGCUUCCACCUACACCACCACCACCUGCUACCCAGUCACCGAGACUACGGCACCACCACCACCUCCUCCACAAGAGCCCACUCCAGCACCACCACCACCACCAUGCCAGGGUGAUGACUGCCAUGGCAACGGCGGCGGAAACACCUGCCCACCACAGGCAACUGUCACCGUCACCAUCACUGAGUGCCGAGGAGAUGGAUGUGAAGCACCAACGGUCACUCCUCCACCAGCUGGUCCUACUCCUCCACCACACCACUGCCCUAGCUGCCAGACUUAUACUAUCACCGACAUCCACGAGGGAACAAUCACCAUCGUUGUGCCCCCAGUGACCCUUCUCCCUCCCGGCCCAUGCGGUAGAUGCCAGACCAUUACCAUCACCGACAUCCACGAGGGAACGAAGACCGUCACCAUUCCCCCAAGCACAAGCAUUUCCACCGUGACUCCCCCGCCAACAUCGACCCCGCCCACUGGUACGGGUACCGGUGCCCCCCAGCCACCUGCGCCAGAGUCUACCUACACUCCCCCGACCUUGUCUUCCCAGCAGCCCACCGCAACUGGCGCCCCCAAGCGCCGUUCAUGGUUUUAA